UAAAACCAAGUUCGAACCCCUAAGCCCCUUUUAAAAACAAGAAAACUCUCCGAACAAGGCCUUUUGUUGAUGUAGCCAGAAUAGUAUGUUUGUAAUCGGUCCUCAAGUGGAAUAUAGCUCCAUUUAUUAGACAAGCAACUUUGGACCUUGACUUCCUUGUCAGUAAAAGCAAGGUGGCCAAGAGAAUUAAAAAGCAUGUGUGUGAAGUGCCUACCGCUGCGCUGUAGGAGCAAUGCCAGUGACAAAUGCCUGGUUGAAUUUUCUGCAUAGCAUUUCUUCAGGCUUUCACUUCUCAGUAUGAAUUAUUGCCUUGCUGGUUUGUCUCUCAGGAGCUAUUGGCUGCUUCGGUUCCUCUCUACAAGACAAGGCAAGGUGUUAAAUGUUUAAGUAACCUUUUAGAGACCUCCCCUUGGGUAGCAGCUGUGUGGAGCUCUUUAACUGAAUACCUCCGCACACUACUCUUUAUAGCAUUGGCAAGUGUGGAGUGCUGAGAAAUGGGAGGAAGCGAAUUAAAGGAAGGGAGAAAUACCCAGUGUGAGAAGUGGGAGGGCUAGUCCAGGCUGCUGAUCCCCGCCUUCGCCCCAAUUGGUCUAAAGACAACAGUAUUGUAGUCUUUUGUGCGCAUGUCAAAGCUUUUUGUCCCUCCGCGGACACCGUUUCCUAGCCCAGCAAUGUCUGCGCUUUCGCCGAUGUCGUAGCGUGCGGAGUUCUACCCUUUCCCCGACGCUUGGCAUGGCGAGCCGAAGGGCCCGGCAGCGCCUCAAGGGCGGCGGCGGCGGCGGCGGCGGCGGCGGCGGCGGCGGUGGCGGGGACACGGGCCCGGCCGCGGAGAAGCUGCGGGAGCUGCUGGGCAGCCGGGAAGCAGGCGGCGCGGAACAGCGGCCCGAGUCUGCAAAUAAAGCAGGGCAAGUCUGGGCCCCUGAAGGAUCCACUGCUUUCAAGUGUCUGCUCUCAGCAAGGUUGUGCGCUGCUCUUCUGAGCAACAUCUCUGACUGUGAUGAAACAUUCAACUACUGGGAACCAACACACUACCUCAUCUAUGGGAAGGGGUUUCAGACAUGGGAAUAUUCCCCAGCUUAUGCCAUUCGCUCCUAUGCGUACCUGUUGCUGCAUGCCUGGCCAGCUGCAUUUCAUGCCCGGAUUCUGCAGACUAACAAGAUUCUUGUCUUCUACUUUUUGAGAUGUCUCCUGGCUUUUGUGAGCUGUAUUUGUGAGCUUUACUUUUAUAAGGCUGUGUGCAAGAAAUUUGGGCUGCAUGUGAGUCGAAUGAUGCUGGCCUUCUUGGUGCUCAGCACUGGCAUGUUUUGUUCAUCGUCUGCAUUCCUCCCUAGCAGCUUCUGCAUGUACACUACACUGAUCGCCAUGACCGGAUGGUAUAUGGACAAGACACCCAUUGCUGUGCUGGGAGUAGCAGCCGGGGCUAUCCUCGGGUGGCCAUUUAGCGCAGCCCUUGGUUUGCCCAUCGCCUUUGACGCACUGGCCAUGAAAAACAGGUGGAGGAGCUUUUUCCACUGGUCCCUGGUGGCCCUAAUCCUCUUCCUGGUACCCGUGGUGGUCAUUGACAGCUACUAUUAUGGGAAGCUGGUGAUUGCUCCUCUCAACAUUGUUCUGUAUAAUGUCUUUACGUCUCAUGGGCCUGAUCUUUAUGGUACAGAACCAUGGUAUUUCUACUUAAUCAAUGGGUUUCUGAAUUUCAAUGUUGCCUUUGCUUUGGCGCUUCUGGUCUUGCCAUUGACUUUUCUUAUGGAGUACCUGCUGCAGAGAUUCCACGUUCAGAAUUUAGGACACCCAUAUUGGCUUACCUUGGCACCCAUGUAUAUUUGGUUUAUAAUUUUCUUCAUUCAGCCUCACAAAGAGGAACGGUUUCUUUUCCCCGUGUACCCACUUAUAUGUCUCUGUGGUGCUGUUGCUCUUUCUGCACUUCAGAAAUGUUACCACUUUGUGUUUCAACGAUAUCGCCUGGAGCAUUACACUGUGACGUCCAGCUGGCUGGCAUUAGGAACAGUCUUCCUGUUUGGGCUCUUGUCAUUCUCUCGCUCUGUGGCUCUGUUCAGAGGAUACCAUGGGCCCCUUGAUUUGUAUCCAGAAUUUUACCGAAUUGCCACAGACCCAACUAUCCACACUGUCCCAGAAGGCAGGCCUGUGAAUGUUUGUGUGGGAAAAGAAUGGUAUCGGUUUCCCAGUAGCUUCCUUCUGCCGGAUAAUUGGCAACUUCAGUUCAUUCCAUCAGAGUUCAGAGGUCAGCUACCAAAGCCUUUUGCAGAGGGACCACUGGCCACUCGGACUGUUCCUGCUCACAUGAAUGACCAGAACCAAGAGGAGCCUUCCAGAUACAUUGACAUCAGCAAAUGCCAUUACUUAGUGGAUUUAGAUACCAUGAGAGAAACACCUCGGGAGCCCAACUAUUCAUCCAACAGAGAAGACUGGAUCAGCCUGGCCCACAGACCGUUCCUGGAUGCAUCUAGGUCUUCAAAGCUGCUUCGGGCGUUCUACGUCCCCUUCCUGUCGGAUCAAUAUACAGUGUAUGUGAACUACACCAUCCUUAAGCCUCGGAGAACAAAGCAAAGCAGGAAGAGAAGUGGAGGUUAGCAACACCCCCACGGCUCCAACGGACAGCCAUCAUGUUAACUUGUGGGUCCACUGAGCUGACUUCCAGGUUAUCAUAUAACGCCCAUAAUAAAGGUCGCCUGAUAAGAAGCCAGAUUCCGGGUGCUCUGAGUUUGUCAUGUCUGUGUCAGAGUCACACGCUUCCUGCCCUGUGUCUGUUCUGCCUGUGAGCUUUCUGCAGACAGAGUCCCGAAAGCCUGGGGAGAUACAUUGCUCCAUUGUCCUUCUUUUCUCUGUUCAGUCAUUUACUAGAGUGGAGGAGAGCAGAAGCCGCUUACAGAAAGAGCUAAGAGCUCUUGGCUGGGUGUAUGUGUGCUGGCUCUUCUCCACACUCGGGCCUGCCAUCCGGGAACUAGCAAACUAUCCUAAGGCCACAUGGUUCCUCCACCCAAGCUGUUUGGCAGCUCCUAGCAGACCUUGUUCAAAUCCUAGUGCUGAAAAGUACAGCCUGGUUGCCAACCGACAUGUCCUUUCACCUCCAGCAAGACAAAAACAUUCACAGGACUGCUAUCCUGGCCUGAAGCUCAGGAAAAGACGACCACUGAAGAACUGUGGCCCAAUCUGACUGUUCAUAAUGCCUCUCAUUUUCACUUCAUUUUCUUUAAAACCAGUCUUAAUUGUAUUUGGGAAGGGUUUUAAGAUUUUUUUAAAAAGUUUCAACAUGAUAUAUCUUGAA